UAUAUACCGCGAUGCAUUGCGUAUUUCUAGAGCUUGUAACUAAAGCUCGAUGUGUGUUCAAACCUACGCCCUGCGAAAACCAAAACUUUGCAAUUCUCACUUAUAAUUUAACAACUGCCUGUUGGCAAUCGUAGUAGGAGAACUCGUUGCUCGCAUACGAGCGAAAGCGAGGCAAGAAAAGUUUGUUUAAAUAUCGGUGAAAGCCAACAAUCAAAUAGAGACGACAUAUUCUGGUCGACGCGUUUACAGGUUAAAAUAUGCCUAUCGGAGGCUGCUGUGUAAGCGCAGAGGAAAGGGAACAACGUCGAAUUAAUGAUGAAAUUGAGCGAAUACUACGUAAGGACAAGAAAGAUUCAAGAAGAGAGCUAAAGCUUUUGCUGUUAGGCACAGGAGAGUCAGGAAAGAGUACUUUUAUCAAGCAAAUGCGAAUUAUUCACGGUCAGGGUUACAGCGAAGAUGAUCGCCGUGGAUAUAUAAAACUUGUAUACCAAAAUAUUUUCAUGGCCAUUCACAGUUUGACCAGAGCAAUGGAAACUUUGAGAAUUCCUUUUGCCAAUUCGUCAAACGAGGAUUUAGUGUCGGUGGUUCGAAGUGUCGACCCUGAUUCAGUUACAUCUUUUAAAAAGGAGUAUUAUGAUGCCAUCAAAAGUCUUUGGCAAGAUAGUGGCAUUCAAGAAUGCUAUGAUAGACGACGGGAAUUUCAGUUGAGCGAUUCCUGUAAAUAUUACCUCAGUGAUUUGGAUCGAAUUGCAUCAUCGAGUUACUUACCUACAGAGCAAGAUGUCCUUCGAGCUCGUGCACCGACCACAGGCAUAAUAGAAUAUCCCUUUGAUUUGGAUACAAUUAUAUUUCGAAUGGUGGACGUUGGUGGACAACGAUCCGAAAGACGAAAAUGGAUCCAUUGUUUCGAAAACGUUACUUCCAUCAUGUUCUUGGUUGCAUUAAGUGAAUAUGACCAGGUGCUUGUGGAAUCUGAUAGCGAGAACCGCAUGGAGGAGAGCAAAGCCCUUUUUAGAACUAUAAUAACAUAUCCGUGGUUUCAAAAUUCUUCUAUUAUACUGUUUCUCAACAAAAAGGAUUUGUUGGAGGAGAAAAUCAUGUAUUCACAUUUAGCGGAUUAUUUUCCAGAAUUUGACGGUCCACAGCAAGAUGCUCAAGCCGCGCGCGAAUUCAUCCUGAGAAUGUUUGUGGACUUGAACCCUGAUACGGAUAAAAUAAUUUACUCGCAUUUCACUUGCGCCACUGACACGGAGAACAUUCGCUUCGUAUUUGCUGCCGUAAAGGACACAAUACUGCAGUUGAACUUGAAGGAAUACAAUUUGGUUUGAUUUGUUUGCACGUACAGUAAACAUCUAAAAUCAUUUGCAUCCGCUAGCUUGCUCGUUCCUGCCAAGACUUGAUGUAAUAGGAACAAAACUAUACCACGCAGAACUAUGCUAAAAGAUAAAAUCCUGUCUUGGGGGGGGGGAGGCUGGGGUGGAACUCUCUGAGAAUUUUUCAUCAUAGGCGACUAUAUUUCGCAACGAAUUCCCUUAUGGGUACUUUUGUGGCAGGGUAUUUUUUCUUUGUAUGAAGAAUUCAACUGCAGAGAUCGUAAACAAAUUAUAUCUGCAAUGUGCCGUAUUGUCGUCGGGCAAAGUGACCUUGUUUUGCUUUCUGAUAUUAUCAAUGAAUCAAUUCUACAUUCGUUUAUAAUGAAAAACUAGUUAGUACAUGCGAAAUUCAAUGGAUUUUUGUGUAUUGUAUAAUAUAGUUGUGAGAAUACCACCGCAUUGGUUGACUAGAAGUUUUUUUUUACUGUAACCAUAAAGUAGUACAGGCUAGGUUUUGAAAUGUGAAAAGGGUUCAUACACAAUGGUGUGUCGAAGGCCUUGUUUUUUUUUAUUCAGUAAGUUUUUCGUCGACAUUUGAUAAUCGUUCUGUGCUACAUUGUCUGUUAAUUUUGAAUUUUCACUUUAUAACUCGUAUCAUUAAUGUGUUGUUUUUUGUUAUGCAAAAGAUAUACAACACUCAAUUAUUAAAGAAUUAGUAAAUUUACAAGUACAAUACUUCGCUACAUUUUAACAACGUUUAUUACGACUACCUGUUCGAAAGCACAUGAUGAUAAUAAGUGAUUAAUUUACGAUCUUUGCAGUAUAAUGUUACUUGGCUUAUGUAGCGAGAUGUUUUAGGAAAGAGGACGAUAUUUUAUGAAUUUUAGAAAACCUCUUUGAUUGCAUCUCGUCCCUGUAUUUCAGUUAAAAACGAUUGUAUCCAUAACAAAAAGCGUAGGUAUAAACUAAAAUUGUCCUAACUUAUGCGUGUAAUAGUGUAUAAUAUUAAUAUUUGUCAUUCUCAGUCA